GACUGCAUCAGCUGCCUCGGGCCGGGAGCGGCCGACACCAGGAGAGGGGGCAGCGCGGCGGCGGCGGCGAGCACGGCCUGGGAGGCUGCGGGGCGCCCUCUUACUCCUCGCCGGGUGGCAGCCCCGGAGCGGGCCGGGGGCGCCGGAGGCAUACUCCGGCGAUGAAGCGGCAUCCUCCUCGGCUGGUGCGAGCCGGGGCCAGGGUCCAAGGACAAAGCCGGGAAACGCUGGCGGCGCCCCGCCUCGGGCGGAGGGGGGGGCAUGCACCUGCAUAGCCCGCCGGGCCUCGGCUCUCCCGGCGCGCCUCAACUCCGCGGCUCCGCUCGCCGGCUCCGGAUUUACUAGAAGCCAUUUUGUCUCCCCCCACCCCACCCCUCCCCUCCCCUCCCCUCUGACCUCCCCGCCCCCUCGACUUCCCCCCUUUUGUUAAUUAAAACUAAGAAGUGAGAAUGGGAACGAGGUGGCCAGCUCCGGCGGAGAACGCUUAAGGACACCACGCCAGUUCUUCCCUUCCUUCCGAGAUGGAAAGAGGAGCUCCUAGCUCACUUAAGCCGGGGUAGGGCUGGUUCUCCUUUCCGAGCCAAAAUCCCAGGCGAUGGUGAAUUAUGAACGUGCCACACCAUGAAGCUCUUGUGGCAGGUAACUGUGCACCACACCUGGAAUGCCGUCCUGCUCCCCGUCGUCUACCUCACGGCGCAAGUGUGGAUUCUGUGUGCAGCCAUCGCUGCUGCCGCCUCCGCCGGGCCCCAGAACUGCCCAUCCGUCUGCUCGUGCAGUAACCAGUUCAGCAAGGUGGUGUGCACCCGCCGGGGCCUCUCCGAGGUCCCUCAGGGGAUUCCUUCCAACACCCGGUACCUCAACCUCAUGGAGAACAAUAUCCAGAUGAUUCAGGCCGACACCUUCCGCCACCUCCACCACCUGGAGGUCUUGCAGCUGGGCAGGAACUCCAUCCGGCAGAUCGAGGUGGGGGCCUUCAACGGCCUGGCCAGCCUCAACACCCUGGAGCUGUUCGACAACUGGCUGACGGUCAUCCCCAGCGGGGCCUUUGAAUACCUGUCCAAGCUGCGGGAGCUCUGGCUGCGCAACAACCCCAUAGAGAGCAUCCCCUCUUAUGCCUUCAACCGGGUGCCCUCCCUCAUGCGCCUGGACCUGGGGGAGCUCAAGAAGCUGGAGUACAUCUCCGAGGGGGCCUUUGAGGGACUGUUCAACCUCAAGUACCUGAACUUGGGCAUGUGCAACAUUAAGGACAUGCCCAACCUCACCCCGCUGGUGGGGCUGGAGGAGCUGGAGAUGUCAGGGAACCACUUCCCAGAGAUCAGACCUGGCUCCUUCCAUGGCCUCGGCUCCCUCAAGAAGCUAUGGGUCAUGAACUCACAGGUCAGCCUGAUUGAGCGGAAUGCUUUUGAUGGGCUGGCCUCGCUGGUGGAACUCAACCUGGCCCACAAUAACCUCUCUUCUUUGCCCCAUGACCUCUUCACUCCCCUGAGGUACCUGGUGGAGUUGCACCUACACCACAAUCCUUGGAACUGUGAUUGUGACAUUCUCUGGCUAGCCUGGUGGCUUCGGGAGUACAUACCCACCAAUUCCACCUGCUGUGGCCGCUGCCACGCUCCCUUGCACAUGCGAGGCCGCUACCUGGUGGAGGUGGACCAGGCCUCCUUCCAGUGCUCCGCCCCCUUCAUCAUGGAUGCCCCUCGGGACCUCAAUAUCUCGGAGGGUCGGAUGGCGGAACUUAAGUGUCGGACUCCCCCCAUGUCCUCUGUUAAGUGGUUGCUGCCCAAUGGGACAGUGCUCAGCCACGCCUCCCGCCACCCACGGAUCUCCGUCCUCAAUGACGGCACCUUGAACUUUUCCCACGUGCUGCUCUCAGACACUGGGGUAUACACGUGCAUGGUGACCAAUGUGGCGGGCAACUCCAAUGCCUCGGCCUACCUCAAUGUGAGCACGGCCGAGCUCAACACCUCCAACUACAGCUUCUUCACCACGGUCACAGUGGAGACCACCGAGAUCUCGCCCGAGGACACAACACGCAAGUACAAGCCUGUUCCUACGACGUCCACUGGUUACCAGCCGGCCUAUACCACCUCUACCACGGUGCUCAUCCAGACCACCCGUGUGCCCAAGCAGGUGGCAGUGACCGCGACGGACACCAACGACAAGAUGCAGACCAGCCUGGAUGAAGUCAUGAAGACCACCAAGAUCAUCAUUGGCUGCUUUGUGGCAGUGACCCUGCUCGCUGCUGCCAUGUUGAUUGUCUUCUAUAAACUUCGCAAGCGGCACCAGCAGAGGAGUACAGUCACAGCCGCCCGGACAGUAGAGAUUAUCCAGGUGGAUGACGACAUCCCAGCGGCGGCACCCGCGGCAGCAACAGCAGCUCCGGCCGGUGUAUCAGGUGAGGGGGCAGUCGUGCUGCCCACAAUUCAUGACCAUAUUAACUACAACACCUACAAACCAGCACACGGGGCCCACUGGACAGAGAACAGCUUGGGGAACUCUCUCCACCCCGCGGUCACCACUAUCUCUGAACCUUAUAUCAUUCAGACCCAUACCAAGGACAAGGUACAGGAAACUCAGAUAUGACUCCCCCCCCCCCAAAAAAAAAACUUAUACAAAUGCAAUAGAAUGCACACACACACAAAGACAGCAACUUUUGUACAGAGCGGGGAGAGACUUUUUCUUGUAUAUGCUUAUAUAUUAAAUCUAUGGGCUGGUAAAAGAAACAGAUUAUAUUAAAAUUUAAAAAAGAAAACAAAACAAAACUAUUUUCUAACUUGUAAGUUCUAUUUAAAGGGGGUAGGGGAGGGUACCUUGGGAAUGUUGUGGGGCAGAAGUCACAAGUCAAUUUGCUAUGUGGCCAGAAGGGAUUUCUGGUAUAAGGUUGAAACUGCUAAGAUAAACUUAAAACACCAACAAACAUCCCUAAAGAGUUAGGGCUCAGGCUGCUGAGGGGUGGGGUGGGGGUAGAUGGAAUCUAUCAUUUUUUUUAGAAGAUGCUUCAUAGGACCCAGGACUACCCAUUUCUAUAGACAUCUUUCUUAGGCUGAGAGUUGUCUUUGCAGAUCUACCUUAUU